UAUAUAUGAAAAAAGCUGAAAAUGGACGACCGCUAGAUUCCCGUUUGGCACGUGAAGUUAUUUUUUUAUUUAUCUAUUUAAAUUAAACAAACUACCGUCAAACUGGGUGCCAAAACGGUUGAAAGAUUCCUAAGCCUCGCGGACGACAAUUUCGUCGACGAUGUCAACGACGACCUGAAAUGUUUUGUGGCGGAACGAAAUGUUGACAGUGUGCUGGUGUUUCCACCAGUGAGUAACUACCGGAGGUUCCUUAUCCACCGGUGCGUCGAGGAGCUCGCUCGUCCAGAUCUCGCCACCUUCUCCAUUGGGUUCAGCGACGAGCGACGGACCGUUGUCUGCUACCGUGACAGGCUACUGAGUGAUGAGGCUUGCGCCCGACCAGCCAUGGGACUGACACACAUGGACCGCGGCGAUGAGGCCAUAUCACGUUCCGAGUCGGCGGCCGCGGUGGGAGGUUGCAAGCCGGCGCAGGCGCAGCGCCGCGCGCAGCCUCAGGAAAAGAUCAGAUCUGGUUCAACGAAGCCCCGACGUCCAGAUCGCGCAGUUUACGUGCCGAGAGCUUUACGAGUCGCAGAAAAUACAACAACAGAAGAUCCAAAACAGGAGACUAACCACAGGCGGCAAAGCCACAGCGCUGACGGAGCCAAAUGUCCUAAAUCGCCUGCAUCGAAAGAAAAAUUCUCGCAUGGCACCCCAAAGAAGUCUCUAGAUAAAAACUUUUGCAACGUGUACACACCCCCUCACCUCAGGAAUCAAAGAUCUCACACAGCUCCAAGCAUAGACCAAGCGACGGCGAGCGAUACAAUCGAAUCUGUGCCUUCAGCUUGCCAAGUGCCAAAUAGUGAUAGUGCAAUAUCGUUUAGUGAUAAUAGUUUUAACGACGUAGAAGUAGGUGAAAAUUUUUAUAUAGGUGAUUACUUCGCAAACGGUCAGCUAGGGUUCUACAGCCCGAAUUACUACAGUGAGUAUUCCGAGGACUACACUGAUAACGGGUGGAGACCAAAUGAGCCGGACGAGACCAUGGCUUUAAACGAAGCGAAUCAAAGCAAUAUUAUUGAUAACGAUUAUUUAUACAGUAAAGAUGAGGAUGUGGAAAAGAACGAGUUGAAGCGGGCCUCGCAGGAGAUAAAUAGAAGUAGCAAGAGAAUAAUCAAACAGAGUUUCCAUUCUGAUGUCCUAGUCAUAUCGGAUCCUGUAGAGGAGCCUAAGAGCGAAAAGAAUGAGGUACUCUAUGUGCCGGACGUAAAGGAACCAGAGCCGAAGAAGUUGAAGCCUAAACUAGAGGCUAAGGUGUCUCUAAAGCGCGAGGAGAACGAUUGGGAUGCUGUUUACGAUGAGAGCGGGGAGUGCUUGGAUCCUUCCUUGCUUGAAGAGUUGACGUCGACUGUUGGGAAGGUGCACAUAAGUAAAGCGAAGAAUAACUACGAACAGUACCAGACGCGAGGACAGGCGCUUUUCAAUGGGCCGUAUGAUGAGACGUUCGCGCAUGUCGUGGAGGUUUACGACUUUCCCAGCGAGUUUAAAACGAACGAUCUCCUAUCAGUGUUCAGCGACUAUAAGGACACCGGCUUCGAGAUAAAGUGGGUGGACGAUACGCACGCGUUGAUAGUCUUUAGCAGUGCUAAAAUUGCUGCAGAGGUGUUGUCCUCCCAGAGACAGAUGGUGAGGUGUCGGCCGCUCCACGCCGCCACCCUCGAGUCUAGGAAUAAAGCGAAGAAGUGUGCAGAGUACCUACAGCCUUACAGACAGCGGCCGGAGACGUGCACGGCGCUGGCGCGGCGGCUGGUGACGGGCGCGCUCGGCAUGCGGCUCAGCACCGCGCGCCAGGAGCGCGACGAGGAGCGCCGCCUCAUCACGAGGGCACGAGAGAGGAAACGGCAAGAAGCCCUUCACAAGGAAGCGGCAUGGGAGGGCUCGCUCGCCAACCAGUCGCUCGACGCGUGAGAUUCAAUCACCAGUCUGUAGUAUUAUAAAGAACCGCACCGAUCCUAAUAUUACGUUAGUGUAAAAUGCUCUCAAAAUUAUAUUGUCUACGUAAAAGUUACAUUAGUUGUACACAUAGAUAUUUUUGUAACAGAAACCUUAGUAGUAUCACGCCCAAGGGGUUUCGGUCCUUAUGCCAAUGUGUCAUAAAGUAGGUUUUUCAAUUAGUUCAUAAUUCUCUUCGCUUUUAGUAUAAUUUUCUCUUGUGAUUUAACUUACGAGCUUCCCAUACGACUGAUUUGACUUGGAUGAAAUAGUUUUUAUGCCUUUCUUUGAAAUACAUCACACAUAGUUUAUAAUUUUAAAUAAAUCUCCCAAUGUUUUAUUAUUAUAAAUAAAAUGAUAUAUUGAAUAAUAAGAAAGUGACAUACACAACAGUAGUUUGUGAAAGGUUUUAAUCGUUUAAUUCUUUAGCUAACUUCGCAUAUGACAAGAUCUCUUUCAUUUCAUCUUUAAGAUGAAAUCGCUCAUAAAAUAUAUUGUUAUAGUAUUUUAAUACCAAAUAUUAGUAUUUUUUAUUAUUUUAUAGUUUAUUAAUUUUAUAGGCAAUGUAUUUAUAAAUAUGAGAGGAUUUACUUUUUUUAUUAUAUUAAUGCAAACAAUCAUACGGCCUGCCAGAUGGUAAUAUGCUGCGGUAACCUGCGAGCAUCACACACGCGUUGAAGAGCAUUGUGAUAUGAUUGAAUAAUUACAAAUAUUAAAAUACUGAAUUACAAUACUCGGUAAUUUGCCUAACAAAUCUGAUCCUGCUAUCCGGAAUACAAUAUCGCAUACUCCUUACCGACAGAAGUAGGUAAAACAGAUAUAUCCAUAUAUACGAGGGGAGGUCAAAAGUUCGCGGAAUGAAGGGGAAGGCGGUUGAAAUUAAACAUGAAACUAUUUUUUCUUUUCAAUAUAUUCUCCCUUAACCUUAAUACAUUUUUCGUACCUCUCAAAUAAUUUGUUUAUACCAUCGAAAAAACAGGUUUAAAUUUGCUGUCAAAAUGCAGACUUGAUUUCUUCAUCGUCGUUAAUUUUUUUUCCACGCAGCUCCUUUUUCAUUUUUGGGAAUAAAUAAUAGUCACUGGGGGCUAAGUCUGGACUAUAAGGUAGGUGGUCUAAUUUUUCAAACCUGCAUCAGUGGAUGGUAGCCGUCGCAACAUGGCACAUGUGGACGAGAGCGUUGUCGUGCAAAAGGAGCACACCUUUUGACAGCUUUCCUCUUCUUUUUUCCUUGAUAGUUUCUUUCAAUCUGUCCAAUAAAGAAGCGUAGUUCUGUCCCGUUGUAGUUACACCACGAUCUUUACAAUCGAUCAGCAAAAUACCUUCUGUAUCCCAGAAGAUAGUCGCUAUGAUCUUUUCGGCCGAUUGUGACAAUUUAAACUUCUUCAGUGUUGUGCCUUUAUUAUACCACUGCAUUGACUCUUGCUUCGACUCAGGUUCAUAGUGGUGAAUUCAGGUUUCAUCUACAGUAACAAUCCGGGCCAUAACUUCUUCCCUACUCUCUUCACAGAACUCCAAAAUUUGGCGAGAACACUCGACACACUCACUUUUUUGAAGUGACGUGAGCAUUCUUGGAACCCAUCUUGCACUGACUUUAGUCAUGCCAAGAUGAUGAUGUAAGAAUAUUUAAAAUAUUUGUUUCGGAUACUCUAACCAUUGCUGCAAGCUGCUUCUUCUUCAGCCGGGUAUCUUCUAAUACAAGUUUUUCUACUUUUGCGACGAUUUCCGGUGUGGUGGCCUUAAUUGGCCAUUCGGAGCGGGGGUCAUUUUUAAUAGAUUCUUCUUUAUUUGAAAAGAUCAUGCCACUUGUAAACCGUGGUUUUACCAGGGACCGCGUAAACUGCUAACAGCUCUUGAAAAAUCGUCUGAGCGGAUUUUUCUUUCUUGGUAAGGAACUUAAUAAAGGCGCGGUGUUCAUUUUUCUCCAUACUCGCUGACUUCUUCCCGAUUCACUUGUUUGCAGGUAGAUAACUCAAAAGUCAAUGACACGAUUUGGUUCAAACUUGGUAUAUAUACUCUUAACGAGGUGCUUAACAAGUGACUACCUGGACGAGUAAACCAACCUCCGCCAACCCCUCCAUUCCGCGCGAACUUUUUGACCUCCCCUCGUAUUACUCUAUGUUUCCUAUGAUGAGUACAUUAUAUGAACCUCGGAUCGUUGAUUACUCUGUGACAAGCAAUAAAUAAAUAUAAUCCUUAAUAAGUAUAAAAAGAAAUCUUAUAAACGCCAAAUGUCUCUAUAACUAAUCAGUUGUUGAUUAGUCUCCAAUCAUAGCAUGUUUGUAAAGAUAUUUGGUUGUUUGUUACUUUAUCACACUAAAAUUACUAAAUUAAUUUUAAUGAAAUUUUAUACACACAUGAACUAUAUCCUGAAUUAUGACAUAAUAACUAUAUUACAGUAUGAUUGCUUAAUAUCCUAGUUAUUGUAGACAAAACUGCAGAAUCACUUAAUUUUCUAUGUACAAUUGAAACUUCAUUUAUUUUAAUACAUUUAUGUUUUGUUGUGAGUUAUUUGUGUGCCUUUGUCUCUAGUCUCGGUGUACAGAGCGACUUGAAACCUCUUGGCGUUAAAAUUAUUAGUCGAAAUUAGAUAUAGAGAUACCUACAUAGAUUAGAAAGUGUAUAGAUUUAUUGUCUUUGAAACAUUAGAUACGUUUCUAAAUAGAAAUGUGAUUGUCUAUGGUAUUGUAAAAUUAGUUUUGAUUAUUGUCUAAGUUUAUUUUAUAUGUAUAUAGAUAAAAGGUAUAAAAUUUGUUUUUAAAAUUACCACUGUUACUUUGCACGAAGUUUUUUUAUUAUUUUUGUCAAUAUUAAUAUGCCAUAGACAAGUUUUUAAUUUUUGCACAUUUGUGGAACAUGUCUACUGUUUCGAAGCAUCGGAAAGUAAUACAUAUGGGUUACAGUAUAUGGUGGAUCGAUGUUAGACUAUUGCUAGUUGUGUUCAAAAUUUGACGUAUCCUGAUGUAAGGUAUAUAUUUAAUUUAUAUUUAAAUAUAGAAUCUGAUGACAGUUAACAGCUGUCAGCUUGAGAUGAAUACGGAUUAGCAAUAGAUAUUUUUUUUAAUGUACAUCACAAUUGUAGGAAUGAGUUAAUAUCGUAACUGAAAGUUGAUUUUUAAUAUAAGUUAUCGAAACUUAAAACUGAAGUACUUUUUUUAAUGGUUGACAAUGAAAUAUGACUACGCUAUCUGUAUACAUUAGCGAGGUUGUAGUGGGAGGAUAAUAGGUGAGGAUGGAAGCAGGUUAGUUAGCCCAAGUCGUGACGAAUUCCACAAGAAUUAACCACGAAUGUUUUUAAGAGCAACCGUGUGGAAAUCGAUAAAGUAUACUGCUGGCAACCUUAUGUUGUAGAUCCCAUUACUGCACCCCCCCCCCUCCCAAUUAAAGUACUAGACAAUACUAUGAUUUUUAACAUCACAUAAAAGCGCUUAUGUAUCAGAGAUUAUUAGGUACAUGAUAUCAAUAUCAUUGUAUUGCGUUAUCCUUUAUAUAUUCAUAGUUUCAUACAUAUGAAUGUAACAAGGAAUGGAUGAUAUCCAAUAUAUAGUUUACGUUCCGUUCAAUAUCUAAAUAUUGGACCGAUACAUAGUUAUCGUAACUAUAUACGAUUUGUAUCGCUCAUGCCUACUCAAUUGCAUUAUAUUUUUGAUUAAUUUGAUUGAGAUUUCAUCUGCGAAUACUCAUUCGCAUUUCUAGGCUAUUAUACACUGUGUGUGUGAAAAGGGAAUCAUUAGUGUAUUUUAAGGGAGUUUUUUCUCGGUAAAACUGAAUAUUUUACCUAAAGGAACAUAACCCACCCAUAAAUACAACUAAACUCGUCGAGUUAGUGUAACAGACUCAAUUUUUAUUUUAUUUUUUUGUUGUUAGUUGACCCACGUUUCUUUGGCAGAAAUGUUCAGUUAAUUAUCCAUUAAAACGAUGCCAAUGUUUUUGUUUUCACUCUGUAUUUAUUUUACAACCGGACCAUUAUCUGAUACUCGUUAAUUUAUAAAACUAUGCUGAUGUAACUCAAAAAAUAUGUGGCAGUUUUCAUAGUUGUUUAAUUGUGUAAUUCUAAGAUAUUGAAAAUGAAAUAAAAAAUGUAACUAUCGCAUGCAAUUACGAUCGCUGUAAUUGAAAAAUGAUUUUUUUUGAUUAUAUUAAACAUUUUAAAUUAUUUAUAAUUAUUAUUAAAAAAUGAGAAUUAUACUCGAUUAAUUGUAUAAUUGAAACAAUUUCGAAUCUGCUUAUGAUACAUUUAUUAAAUACAAAGUAAUCGAAACACAAUCUAAUGACGUUGCAAUAAGAGCUUUUAUUACAAUGUCUUCUCUCGUGAUGUAUCCAGAGUUUUAUACAAUUACACUACAGGCUUUGUAUGACCCUAAAAAUCUAUUAUUAUAUUCUUAAAACUAGAUUGAAAACAAUGAUCUUCAACCACAUGAAAUAUGCACAGCUAUCAUAGAGGUCAUAAAGUGUUGUUUAUUACAUUUAAAUGGCAUUUGUUUGUUUUAAAAAUGUCAGGGAUGUAUUUUAUGGAAUGGUGAAAACUUCGCCCACGUUAUCAGUAUACGUUGACGGGGUACCAGUGAGAGAUAACAGGUGAGGAUUAAAACAGGUCAGUUAGCCCAUUAUUGUGAUGAAUUCCACGAGAUUAAUUCUUAUAGAAUUCGUCACGAUAAUAAGCUGAUGGUUUCCAGGGAAAAGUCGUGGACGACGGCCUGGUUGGGUAUAUAUAUAUUAUAUAUAUAUUGUACAAUAUCUCUCCCACCAUUUCUUCUGGUUAAUAAAUAUGUAGUGGGGCAGCUACUCACUUCAUUACAUUGAAAGUGUUGCCCCCUUAUUCAUUAAAACAAAAACCGUCUACAAAACUAUUUCUACUAUUACAUUGUUUGGUCUCUUUUUUUUUAAAUUGGGAUUUUAGUACAAAAGAAAGAGACAAAACAGUUCAAUAGCUUAAAUAGGUUUAUGACAGGUUUGACGUAUUUAUGAAGGUGAUUAUAGUGUAUUCCGAAGUACAUGUCAAGUAUAAUAAUAAUGUAAUAAAUAUAUAAUAACAUUGACGUCGGUUACGAGCUCUAUAACCAGAUUUCUCCAAUAUGUCCGUCUAUAAAAUACAAGUCAGAACUUUAUUGUCACAAACAUUUUUUUCUUUUUUUUCUGAUACAUUACCUAUUGAAGGUUUCAAUAAACCAAAGAUCUGAAUAAUAUGGACGCUUGAGUGUUUACUAAAGUAAUAUUUCAAAUGCAAGGUGCAUUGAGAAAUUUUAAAUGUUAGCUAUAAAAAAAAAAUGUUCCGACUCUGCUCAAGUCGAGUGUCCUGUCUUUUGUUAUUCGUACUAAAUCAUAUUCCAAUUAUGCAACGGUCAGAGUACAAGUUGGUAAUUUUCUUUUUAUUCUUUUUUUUUUUCUUUAUUUUUACUCGCCCAUCGACAAUACAAAUAAAGGUGUUCAUACACGAUCUAUCGGGAAUUUUAUAGACAUGAGAUCAAUAUAAUAACUUAUCAUUCUUAUAAGAUCGAUCAGAUCAAGUUUUCUCGUUUGAUAUAAUUAAAUGCUGAGCUCUGCAUAUCAGAUGUGCGUGUUUUAUUUAUGAUUUUGUAAAUUUUUAUACCUGAAUAUGAAUGGUUACUAAAAGUUCAAACAAUUAUCUUAAUGGUAAUAAAAAUAAAAUUGUUAUAUUUUGAGAAAUUGAAUUACAAAGUGAAUAAUUUGAUCUUUAAAUAUAUAUAAGGCAAAUAAUGAAUGUUCGGAUUUAUGUUCGGAAUAUAUGUGCCUAUUUAAAAAUAUAAAUCGCAACAGAUCGAAAUUAAAAUUUUAACAAAUUGUACAUGUUUCAUCGAAUGUAAAUAAUGAAAUUACGAAAUGAUAUUAUUUAUAUAAAUAAAACUCACAAUUAAAGAUUCAAAUGUUUACUCUUAUUAUAUAUUCUGAUAUGAUUAUUUUAAUUUUUAUUUACAUUUAUCUGUUUUAUUAAUGAAACUCUACCCGAUUUACUUCAUGUAAAUGUACAGCAUAAUUUGUUGGACGCAAAAAGUUUGAAUCAAUCAAUUGUAAUAUUUUGAAACAACUGUCUAAAAUAGCAAGUUUAGGCUUUGGCUAACUUUCAAAAUAUGUAUAUCAUAUUUUCUUUACCAAUUACUCUUUCAAACUGAGAUCCUUGAAAAUUGGACCAUUUCAUAAUUUUUAAUGAGAAAAUCUUAGAAAAAUAACAUAAUGGUAUGGAUAUAACUUGGAAUCGAGUAAUAGUAUACAUGGAAUUAAACUGUUUUAAAAAAACAGUAAGUGGAUAUGUGAAAAUAACUUUUGAAUCAUUUUAUACUAAAUCGUUAACGAACAUUAUCACACGUGUACGGGCCCCUUUACGUGCUGUAUAACUAAUGUGUUAUAAGGCUCUUAUAGACGAAACACUUUGCAAAUAUUGGCGUAUUUGAGAUUUUUAUUUUGUCGGUGUUUCAAGAGGGGGACUUUGUAUAAAAGUCGUCUGCUUGGGCACUUCUGUCACAUUCGUGUUUCUGCCAUGAAGCAAUUGUGUUUGCAUGGCUGUGUUUCGGUUUGAAGGGUGGGAUAUGGCAAUGAAAUUACUAGGUAUAGUGUCAUAACAUCCUAGUCCUCAGGAAUGGCAACGUAUGGGGGAUAACAGUAUACUGUUGUUAUAGCUGCUCAUAUCCAUAGGUGACGGUUACCACUUUCCAUCAGAUGGGUCGUCAAUUACUCUGUAAGAUCGGUUACUCUCAGACAUGUAUUAAUGCAUAGCUAUAAGAUUUGCUUGCAUUCUGGGGCGAGUACGGUCCACCCGGCCUUCCCUUAAAUACGUCUAUUUUCCCAAUGACGAAAGAAACUCGAGUUAAAAGUAAUUGAUGUUAAAAAUAGCUGCUGAAACAUUUACGACUUGUAAAUUCUUUUACCUUUACCGAAGUAUCGCUCGUCUAUAAAGAAUCUUAUGGACAAGUGUAACGUAUUGUAAGAUCUUGAUGUAAGAAUUAUGAUAAUACAUUUUUUCACAUAGAUUCUGGAUUUUUACUAGAUCCAACUUUGACUAUUUUUGUAUUAUCCAAUGUGAACAUAAGUUACAAUUGUGGCUAAGUUUAUAUUUGUAAUGUUGUUUAUGUUGUAAAAAUUGUAAUUAACUACCUGCAUAAUAAGGGUUUCAUAGGAAUAAGCGUGAGGAAGUGUGGUGACGUCCAAACUUAUAUAUUUUUUAAUUGACUUGCUUAUCUGUACAUCAGAAAUAUUUAAUUAUAAAUAGAAUAGAAUAGAAUAAAUUUAUUGUGAGCUGUAUAUUACAAUUUUUCGUAAGAUGUUAUUAACGUCUUAAAGGAAAACAGCCUACCCAUACAUCGGGCAUACAAUACGAUUAAUUACAUAAAUAAAUAAUUAAUUAACAAAUAGAGAUCUGUUUUAGAGAUAAGUGCAACUUUGCUUACAUUGAAGUCGAUUUUGAGGUGUCAUUUCUUUAAAUUUAUGUCUUUAUCUAAUAUUUUAAUUUUAUAAUUUCGCGAAAUUUUUAAAUGAAAAUUUUAUGACUAUCAAAAAUUAAAAUUAUAAUAAUUUUCACCUAAUAAAAAAAUAGAUUAUAUCGGUCGUUACAAUAAAAAUUUCGCUGUAAAAUCAGAAAUUAUAUAUUUAGAGAUAGAAUAAGAGGAAUGGCGCUUCAAAAUCGGCCCCCAUUGUUUCUAAUUGUUAUUAUUAUUGUGUGUUUUAGUGCAAUAAAGAAUAUUCAUAAUUUUGACGUUACCACUCUUCAGUUGGCUUUGAUAUGAAACAUUUUAAUGUAUACAACAUCAAACAUAUGUAAUCCUAUUUUUGUUAUUGCUCCUUUUCUUUUGUGCUAAAUUUGCAAUUCGAUAGAAAGUGACAAAACACUAAUUGUUAAAAUAGAUUUGUAGGAGUUUUUAAUUUUUAUCACUAAGGUGUCUAAUGUAAGAAAAUGACUUCGAAACGAAAUUUAUGAUUUAAUUUAAAAUAUAUACUUAAUUUCUCUUAUCAGAAGGGACCCAAGUGAUCAGAAUUGUCGUCCAAGAAGAGUUACCUCGUACUUUUAUUUGGAAACAGAUUAAUGCAUAAUAUGCGAUAGCCAGCCAAUGUGUGGUAACUAUUUGCCAAUGUAUGAAGAAUGUCCACUCAACCACGAUUGAGGCUUGAUCUGUACAAAAUAUAUUGGAAAAUAUUAUUUUUAUAUAUAUAUGUGGAAACUUCGAGAAUUUAUUCUAAAUUAUUAGAAUAAAAUAUUUGUCUGAUAGACAUA